CCGCUCCUUUGCCCCUCGCUGGUGACGUCGGCCGCGGCGUCGCCCGCCGGGAGGGCGGCGAUUUGCAUGCGAUUUGCAUGGCGCGGGCACGGCGGGCGCGCGCGGCCCCGCAGCCAUGUCGGCGGCGCCCCGGCACGGCGUCCCGCCGCGGGGCCGGGCCGGGCCCCUCCGCGGCGCCGAGAAGAAGUGCUCAUGGGCUUCCUAUAUGACCAAUUCUCCUACUCUGAUUGUGAUGAUUGGCCUGCCCGCGCGGGGCAAGACAUACGUGUCCAAGAAGCUGACACGCUACCUCAACUGGAUCGGAGUGCCCACCAAAGUAUUUAAUUUAGGAGUAUAUCGCCGUGAGGCAGUGAAGUCUUACAAGUCCUAUGAUUUCUUCAGGCAUGAUAACAAAGAAGCCAUGGAAAUCCGGAAACGGUGUGCCUUAGUGGCUCUAGAAGAUGUGAAAGCUUAUCUCAUGGAGGAAUGUGGGCAAAUAGCUGUGUUUGAUGCAACCAACACAACUCGAGAAAGGCGGGAUCUGAUCUUAAAUUUUGCUAAAGAAAAUGCUUUUAAGGUGUUUUUUGUGGAGUCUGUUUGUGAUGAUCCAGAAGUCAUUGCUGCCAAUAUCCUGGAAGUGAAAGUCUCCAGCCCCGACUACCCAGAGAGGAACAGAGAAAACGUGAUGGACGAUUUCCUGAAGAGGAUAGAGUGCUACAAAGUUACUUACCAGCCUCUUGAUCCUGAUGAGUAUGACAGAGAUCUUUCCUUCAUUAAAGUGAUCAAUGUGGGACAGCGGUUCCUAGUAAACAGAGUUCAAGAUUACAUCCAGAGUAAAAUCGUCUAUUACCUAAUGAACAUUCAUGUCCAGCCACGUACCAUCUACCUUUGCCGACAUGGUGAGAGUGAAUAUAAUCUUGUUGGCAAGAUUGGUGGGGAUUCUGGUCUGUCACCACAUGGGAAGCAGUUUGCUCAGGCUCUGAAGAAGUUCAUUGAAGAGCAGGAAAUUGUUGACCUGAAGGUUUGGACAAGCCAGCUGAAAAGGACAAUUCAGACAGCUGAGUCUUUAGGGGUCACUUAUGAGCAAUGGAAGAUCCUGAAUGAGAUUGAUGCUGGGGUAUGUGAAGAAAUGACCUAUGCAGAAAUUGAAGCCAAGUAUCCAGAUGAGUUUGCCUUGAGGGAUCAAGAGAAAUAUCUUUAUCGCUAUCCUGGAGGAGAGUCCUACCAGGACUUGGUACAGCGCCUGGAGCCAGUAAUUAUGGAGCUAGAACGUCAGGGCAAUGUCCUCGUUAUCUCCCACCAGGCAGUUAUGAGGUGCCUGUUGGCUUAUUUUCUUGACAAGAGUGCAGAUGAAUUACCAUAUCUGAGGUGCCCCCUUCAUACCAUUUUCAAACUCACUCCAGUUGCAUAUGGUUGUAAAGUGGAAACAAUAACCCUGAAUGUUGAAGCAGUGAACACCCACCGUGACAAACCUUCUUUGAAUUCAAACAACCUUCCAAAGAGCCAAACCCCUGUAAGGAUGAGAAGAAACAGCUUUACACCGCUGGCCAGUGCGGACACAAUAAAGCGCCCAAGAAAUUACAGUGUUGGGAGCAAGCCUCUCAAUCUGCUGGGGUCUUUCCUAUUCCCGGAAGCUCAAGAUGGGGCAGAUCAGCCACGGCUGCAACCUCAAGUGGGAAAUGCUUGCCUCGGAUGGCUGGUUUAACGGUGUAGAGGUUUCUGGUUUCAUCUCGAACAUGGCUGAGAUUUCCACAGAUAUCCUCAUGGGCAAAAAAUCUGCUCCUGGGACUCUUGUGCCUUGUGACUACUGGAACCAGCGUGUUGCCUGGAGCCGCCGUCCCUAGACAUCUGGAAGCACAGUGAGCCAUUCGGCACUUCGGCCAGUAAUGUUGUUUGAAAUAUAUUUUAAAGCUUAUCUGUGAUUUUUUUUUCCUCUUCCUUUUUGAAUGCUGAAAUGUCUAUCAAUGGGAUUGAAGAAAAAUUAUUAUGAAGAUUUUCAAGUUGCUUUUAACGUGCGUGUGUGUGCAUGUACACGUGUUGGCUUGCAGGCCAGCGUGUGGCCUAAUGUAUUCCUGUGCUUUCUCGAGGAAAGCAUAUGCUGCUUGGUCCUGCAAACUUAUUCUGGCGUUUUAAAAUAAUUUCUGAUGUCUCUCUUCCUGCUUAGCUGGAAGAAGUAAUUGCAGUAUAUUAGGACAAAAUGGUCAAAUUCACACUUGAAGUAGCUUCUGUUUGGAAGAUUUGUUCUCAUCAGACCUAAUGUCCAAGUUUUUAUUUAAUUCUUACUGUCUUUCAAGUUCAAGCACAGUUACUCAGUGUUAAUUUAACUAUUGAAAGAGUUCCAGAUGUCAUUUGGUUUUUCUUUGACUUUUUUGAUUUGAAUCUCCAGAUCUGAACAUGUUCUUAUAUUUUGGGAAGGGUUUUGAAUCUAGCAUAACAAAAGGCACUUGUAAGAUCAGGUAAUCUUGUGAAACUUAUCACACUGAGGAGCAAAAGGGAAAAAGUGUAUGUUAUCCUGUAGAAAUAGCUUAGUUACCAGUGCUGUUCAAAUCGUGCUUUAGCUUUGCACCCUGUUCUAAGCCUCACCCUGUUGCUUGUUUUCCUAAGUUUUGCGGAAGCUUCUCUCUUACAACAGAAACUUGCCUCAUUUUGUUCCUUACUGUGUCAUAGGAGUUCCUAGAUUCUGUAUUUGUUGUCCUAUUCUACCUACCUUAGCCAAUACCUCUGAGAAGAAGUGGGAUGUAUGUGCCUGCAUGCUCCUUUGUGAAUAACUGCAUCCAUAGGGCUUAACUUGGGUUGUAGAGAAAAGUUGAGUAACAUUCAUUAUGAAAAGUGUUUUCUAUUUUUCAAGUUAUUUUUGGUUUCAGAAGUUAUUGAGGAAUGUGGUAUGUGAAUGAGUUGAGUCAAUUUCUUUGCAAUACAAUGAAACAACAUGCUGGAAAAUCAGAAUAUAGUUUUCUGUUCAGUGUCUAGGAGCAGUAGGGCCAUGCAUUUAGGAUUUGUAAGAAGCAAAUGAUUUUUAUGGCACUUCUUAAUGUACCAGAUUUUAGGGUUUUUUUUAACUUGGAUACAAAUGAGCUGUGAAAGUUAGUGACUUAUAAUGCUGCCUUUCAUAUAGUUUAAGCUGUUCUAGUAGAUAGCACAUAGUGAAACUUAUCUGCAACAAAGCUAGUGUGAUAGCUAUUACUUAAAUCCCCAUGCACAGGUGUGGGUUAAACAACACCCCAGCUUUUAUAGCUUUCUCAUGUGAACCUUAACUUGUGUUUAGGUAAACCUCCAUUUUUUUUUCUUACUCCUACUAUUUUCCUUGUAAUAAAGGCAAAAUUGUCAGACUUGGAAUCCUAAAAUUAAGUAAAGAAAUGAGCAUUUAGGUACCUGAAUAGGAAACCAGUUUUUAUUAGCUGUUAUGCCUGUUGUUUCCAGUGCCUGCAGCAGGAUUUAUAGGAGCCCCAGAAUUUCUGGGAUUAAAAUUGCUUAUUUUAAAUGUGUAGAUAAAUUUUGGGCAUAUCUAAAGGAGGUGUGUAUGCUUGAAAAAUGUAGACCAGGAAGUUUAUUUAAAGAAGAGCCUCUUUUUUGCCUUUACUGCCAAGGAGCUCGUCAGUCCGGAAGCCUGAGGUUUACUGUGGAAUUUUGAGAGCUCAAACCCAAUUGUUUUAAUCACUCUCAGUAUUUUAACUCGGUAAUGCUGUGAUAGAGAGGGGCCACAUCAAUAGCCCAGGCACUUAUCCCAACAUCUUAGGAUCUAUGAGGCACUUAAAUGGUAUGUUGGUCUUGGGCAAUUACUCUGUAGAGAGGUGAAACUCACAGUGGGUGAGAAAGUUUGAUUUUUUUUUUAGGGUUUUUUUUUUUUUUAGUUUUGUUCUGCAGGAUCUUCCCACUGAAAUGCAGGUUUGUUGCUGCAUUUUGUAAGGGUAGCAUAAUCAAUUCUUUGUUUUUAAAUUUUAUAGUGCUUAGAAAUAAGCUAGGAAAAAGGGAGAGAGAAAAUAUUGUGAAGGAAGAGAUUUGUAGUCUACUGCAUAGUAAUAUUCACUGUCACUUUCCAGAGUAAUCCUCUAAAUGCAUGAACUCGCACCUGAACAGACAGGCUGCUUUUAGCAAUAAAUCCUUCUGCUGUACAGGAAAGAUGAAUAGAAAUGUACUGUAAGAUAUUUAUGCACAAUAUGCUGUAAUAAAUUUACACAGCGCUAAGAAGUUAAUUAUAUUUGUGUCAUUGAGUAGUUACGGCUGUAACAAAACAAAUAUAUAUUUUUACAUGCCAGAAUUCAUGAAUGUAGCUGCUCAUAUAUUGGCAGUCCUAACUCUUUAAUCACUGCUAAAAAUCCAUUCCGUGACAGAAAUUUUGGAUCGUUGACUUCGGGUCCCAUAUUCUUAUCCAGUAGCUACUUGCUUGGGCAGUAGCGUUAUUGGCAAUAGUCUCCUGGGUUGUGGGAUGGAGCCUGUUGGCCGCAUCUACAGAAGUCAGAAUACAUGCCUCUGCUUUAGUUAAAGCCUAAA